GCGUUGAGUGCGUCUGCAAUUCGCUCAGCUGUAGCAGACAAACAAUAAAUGUGGCUGCGGGACGGGAAGGCCAAUUCUGCUACAUUGCCUGGAUCCGGGACGAUUUACAGCUCUUUCGAGUCAUCGAUGUCACAUUUAAUUGGUAGCGAGUACGGGGGGCUCAUGGUGCGUGAUCACCACAAGAACUUGUGGGGGCGGUUAGGAAGUCGAUUGGAAAGCCACUUUGCUUUGCUUGCUCCUCAGACUCAGCCUUAUCAUGGCUGUUGCCAUAUAAGCUGAACGAUGAGAAUGUCCCCAUAUUUGUGGGGACAACUUCGAACAUUCCAAAAGUGCCUAGACUUUCUUCUGUUUCUUUGUUAGACUGGUGAAAGUUCGACAACUAGUGCCUCGAUUUGCCAUAAUGCGCUCACGAUUGUUGCUUGUCUUUAUCUUCUCUGUAUUUGUCUUCUGCCAGGCAGAGAUAAGUCUUCUUGGCACCAAUCAAGGGAACGAAUGGGUUCAAGCAGCCAGACUUGAAGCUCGUGACGACACCGUAAUCGAUUGUAAGUUUGUGGGAAACGCCGACUUCUACGGGAUUGGCGUCCGGAUUGGAUUCUACUUGAUAUGGAUCGCUGGUUUCUUGGACUUUACAUUCAACCCUUCAAGCAGUGUGGCAGUCGGCGACGCUCAAACUAUCUUCGACUUCGCCAAUGUGAUCGCAAUCAUCGUUUUGAAUAAUCAACAACGUCCACUUAGCGAUACGACGUCCACGGAUCGAAAACCUGUCUUCGUCCCCAUUAUCCUCCUUUAUAUGUUCUUCGGCGGUGCAAUCGUUAGCGCAACUACAACUGCCUCAUUUCCGGAGGACUGGUUGAAGGGCAGCAAAGCGAAAAAGUUCAGCACAGCAGUAAGACAGAUAUUUGUGCAUUCCACGUUUCUUGCCAUGAUGGGCUAUGGGAUAUACUUCUUCGUUUCGGGAUAUCGGAAUUUUGAUCUCGUCGCUCCUUGCAAGGAUCCACCGGUUGGCCCUCUCCUCUUCCCUCUCUCGGAUCCUGUUAGCUUUACCGACAGUCCUAUCAUUGGAAUUAUACUCAUGCCUCUGAUCCUCAUUCUCUAUAUUCUGGUCUUGUACGUCGCCGUGCAGAGGUACAGCGACCUGAAAGACGGGUCAUCAAGGACAAGAUUUCAAUCUUGGAUGCCCAGAAGCAAGUAUCAUAGAAUAAACGACUGGCUUCGAAGCUCAGAAAGGCAACUAUCUUGGACUAUACUGGGUGCUCUUCUCAUGCUCACUUCUAUUCUCUGGUCCAUCGUAGCACUGGAAUGGACUAUUGCGAAGAACGACAUCCAGGGUGUAAAUGAUGUUUCUACUACAGGACAAUUGAUUCCUUUGAUUAUUGGCAUAUUUUCUCUUCCAACAACUUUCUGGAGCAUAUAUAAGAGCCACGUAGAAGAAAAACGGACGGACAAUGAGCAAAAAGAAGAAUCUGAAUUUGACACCCCACUCAAGCAUCUUACAUUCAAAGACGCGGGGCUCGAAAGUCCAAUGGGAGCUUAUAUGUCGAUACAGCCGCGGCAUGAACAUAACAUGGAAGACCAGUCUGACAUGAGGCCUGCCUCAAGCCAGGAGUUGCGGGAGGCGAGGACUUUUUGAAGAAUGCUUGCCUGUUGCUAUUGAUGGUUGAUGAUUGAUGAAACUUUCUUUGCGAACACGAUAUAAGAUGUUGUACGGACAAUGGUCUUCUUUCGCUCUCUAGAGAAUAUCCAAGAGAGGGACGCCCGAAAUCUCCGGUUCUCCUGACCUCGGGAUGAUCGUAGAGGAGGUCGGAUAUCAAUUUCAAUUCGCCUGUCUCAUAACCCAUAACUGACGGGCAUUCAUUGUGCCGAUGCUUCGUAACCAUCAACAAGCAUACUCGUUUUAAUUGUCUUCGUUCAGAUCGUGUGAGGGUCGCAAUUUUAAUGGGAAAACACAAGAUCAAGUGGUUCAGCGUCGGUUGCUGCCAUUGGCUGGU